AAGUUUCCCAUUCUGGCAGCGCUUGCGCGAAAAUGGCUAGGCUGCAUUGCCACAUCGGUGCCCUCCGAACGUGCUUUUUCUAAAAGUGGAAACGUCGUCACCUCAAAGCGCUGUUCACUGGACCCAGAAACAGUUCGAGAUAUCUUAUUUGUUGGCGAAAACUAC